ACUUCUAUAGAUCCCGAAAAAUAUCAAAACAAAGUUGAUACUUUAAUGUUGGAUAAUUUAAAGAAUUUAAAUGAAAUUCUUGAUAGUAUAUUCCAAACAUGUAUUCAAAAGAUUGAUGAUGGCUUAUAUGAAUUAGAAUCACCAGUGCAAGUUGGCAAUCAAAAUUGCACACCAGAAUAUACUUUAUCGAUGAUUGAAAAUGGGACAUCGGAAGCAUCGGAAUUUACCUACGCGUUUAUUGAAUUUUUGAAAACAGAUAGAACCAAGAAUCACGCAGAUGUGAUUAAAAACGCAUUAAAUUUUUCUCAAGCAGCUUCGGAUAUUUUGAGAACGGUAAAAGGAAUUACGCGUUACGCUGACGAUGAGGAUGAAUUUGUGGAUGAGAUUGUUAGUGCAGCCAAGGUAGCAGCCGUUGUCUCCCAAAAAUAUUUGUUAAAUGUUCAAUCUUUCAAAAUGGACAGUUUACCAGCUUCUGGAAGGAGCGAAACGGUUUUGAAAUGUGAUAUAGAUGUUCAGGAUUCACUACAAAAAAUUGCUAAAAUAACUGAAGGCCUGUUGAAACAUAAUUUAGAUGUCACAAAGAGAGCAGAUGGUGAGGUUGGUAAUCUUGUGGAACAAGAAAUGAUGAAUGCUGCAAAAGUUAUUGAAGCUGCCACAGCUCGCAUUCAAUCUUUGAUGUCACAACCUCGUGACGCUGGUCUUUCUGCGACAGAAUUGAAUGUUCAUGAUGCAAUCCUUGAAUCUUCAUUGGCCAUUACUAAUGCUAUAGCACAUCUUAUAAAAUGCGCGACUGAUUCACAACUAGAAAUUGUAGCACAAGGAAAAGGCAGUAGCAGUCAUGCAGCUUUUUAUAAGAAACAUAAUAGGUGGACGGAGGGUCUUAUUUCAGCUGCUAAAGCUAUUGCCUUGGCCACAAAUCUUUUAAUAGAAACCGCAGAUGGUGUUAUUCAUAAAACACAUAACCUUGAACAGCUUAUUGUGGCGUCUAAUGAAGUGGCAGCAGCAACCGCACAACUCGUAGCAGCAUCCAGAGUCAAAGCAGAUUUCAUGUCUAAGGCGCAAGAUCGUCUUGAAGCAGCCUCUAAAGCUGUCACAAAUGCUUGCAAAGCACUAGUGAAAGCUGUGAAAGCAAUUGCUGCAAAACAACUCGAAGAAAAGGACCACGCGAUUGAUUAUGCUAGCUUAACACCACAUGAUUACAAAAAACAAGAAAUGGAACAACAAGUUGAAAUUUUGAAACUUGAAAAGGAACUAACUAAUUCCAGAAGGAAGUUGGCAGAAAUGAGGAAAGUUGGAUAUCAAUUGAAGAGAUAA